AUGGUGAUGAGCCAGAAGAAGAGUUCAAAGCCAGAGAUUGCUUCAGCCACCAUGCAAUACCGCAGGCUACAGCAUACACACGUUUUGGUUUCAAAAGUGGAUUUCUAUAAAACUACGUGUCCUUCCGCGGAGGCAAUAGUGAAAAGUGCUGUAGACAAAGCCGUCUCUCUCAACCCAGGCAUCGCUGCUGGUUUGAUCAGAAUGCAUUUUCAUGAUUGCUUUGUCAGGGGGUGCGAUGGUUCUGUGCUGUUGGAAUCCACACCGGGGAAGCCAUCAGAGAGAGAGCACCCUGCCAACAACCCAAGUCUACGAGGCUUCGAAGUGAUCGAUGAAGCCAAGGCCAAAAUAGAGGCAGAAUGUCCUCACACUGUGUCCUGCGCAGACAUUCUUGCUUUUGCAGCUCGGGACAGCGCCAACAAAGUUGGGGGCAUAAACUACGUAGUGCCAGCUGGACGCAGAGAUGGUCGUGUCUCUAUCAGAGACGAAGCGUCACAACUGCCACGUCCAACCUUCAACGCAAAGGAACUCAUCAGUAACUUCCAACAGAAAGGGUUGUCUGCAGAGGAAAUGGUGACGCUGUCUGGAGCGCAUUCUAUUGGUGUGUCACACUGUUCCUCUUUCUCGGAGCGCUUGUACUCUUUCAAUGCCACUUUUCCUCAAGAUCCCUCUUUGGAUUCUAAGUAUGCUGCGUCGUUGAAAACCAAGUGUCCACCAGGGAGUGAUAACACAGUGAUGCUCGAUGCUUCCACUCCUAACCGUUUGGACAACAAAUACUACAAAGAGCUCAAUAAACACCGUGGUUUGCUGACCUCGGAUCAGACGUUGCUCGGCAGCCCCUCAACCAGGCCAAUGGUCCUCACCAAUGCUCAACAUGCUUCCACCUGGGCACGCAAGUUUGCUAAGGCAAUGGUGCAUAUGGGUUCCAUCGACGUUCUAACCGGUUCGCAAGGCGAGAUCAGGAGGCGUUGCAGCGUCGUUAAUUGA